UUCACCAAGCAUUUGGAAAUAUUUUUUUUUUGUUGUUGUUCUCGUUGGCUAGCGGUUGGGUGAUUUGCUUCGCGUGACCAUCACGUGGAGGUAAUUUUUUUUUUUUUUUCUCACUUUGAGAGGAAGAGUAACAUCAUCUGUGUACGCCGCUGCCUUAUGUUAGCAUGGCUUCUUACAUGUUCCACAUAUGGGUAAAAAAAAAAAAAAAAAAAAUUACCUGGACGGGAACGACUGAGGCUACUUGGAAAAAAUGCUGUCGAGAAUUCUUCGGUGGAACAGAAAUUCUGGCUGCAUGUCUUUUGUGCCCAUGAGGGCCCCAGCGAAGAAGAAGAACGUACAGGAGAAGAAAAAGAAGGACUCGGCUGAAGAGAAAGACAAACUGGCCGAAACGAGGUACCUGCCGUACAUCCCGCCCGCCUACGUUGCGGACACGGUCUCCUUCUUCAAGGACAAAAAUAAAGUGGACAAUCUGCUGUCGCUAAUUUUUGGCCCCCAGAAUUCGACGGACUCGCAUGAAGAUAGGGUCGAGUACCAGAAGAGGUUCGAGCUGUACCAAUUUUUGAAGCAGAGGGAGGAAGAAAAAUACGAAAGGCAUUUACUAAAAAUGAAAGAAAAGAUAUUCAAGGCGGUAGAAAAUUUACCCGAGGAAUUAUACGACGAGAGCAUCCAAAGUGGUGAGCCGUUUGACCAUAAAGAAAUUCAGUUUGGACUCAAAUAUGAAAAGGACAUAGUGAAGGGGUUGAGUAGCUACAGGCAGAAGUUGCUGCAUGUGUAUAAGAUUUUGCUUUAUUUGCGGUUCCCUUUUUACUUAAUUAAAAAAAAAAAACCCAUGUUGUUUUAUAUAAGUGAAAGUAAGGCCAUCAGUCGGCAGAAGCAAAUUAAUGCGCAAAGGAAAAAGUUGAAAAAGAAGUAG